AAUAAAUAAAUAUCAUUAUAUGUAAUCCUGGUAAACUUGUGCUUUGUCUGGAGAAUUGAUAGAAACUCCAGUUAUAUCAAAAGUGAGUGGACAUAUUUAUGAGAGGAGAUUAAUUGAAAAGCACAUUGAAAGUACAGGCACAUGUCCAAUUACAGGAAGACCUUUGAGUUUUGAAGAUUUAAUUGAAGUAAACUAAACUAAGAUGAUUUUAGGUGAAAGUAUCAAGAAUUUAAAAACCAAGACCAGUUACAGCAACUUCAAUACCAUCAUUAUUAUCAUUGUUAUAAAAUGAAUGGGAUGCAUUAUUAUUAGAAUAAUUUCAAUUAAAAUAACACUUAGAAUAAGUUAGACAUGAAUUAACACAUGCAUUAUAUUAGCAUGAUGCAGCUUGUAGAGUGAUAGCUAAAUUAAUUAAAGAAAGAGAUUAAGCUAGAAUUGAAUUGGCAUAAUUAUAACACAAAUUAAACCAUUAAAUUUAGGUAGAACCUAAUAAUGUCACAGAUAAGUUAUCAUCAGAUUAUAUUACUGAAAUAGAAGAAAAUGCAUUAAAAUUAACUAAUAAUAGAAAAGUUCAGAGGAAACAAUAGUCAUACUUUGAUUAAUUUCCAGGUUCUGAAGUAUAUAAUCUUCUUUAUCUAGGUACUUUCAAACUAUGAAGUAAAAUAAUAGUAUUAAUUAACUUAAGGAGGCACUUCCUUAGAUACAUAAAAUGAUUAUUUGUUAGUUGGUGGUUUGGCAGGUUAAGUUCUUUUGUAUUCUAAUGAAAAAUUAGUUUAUUAAGUUUAAGAGCACACAUAAACUAUAACAUCUGUGAAUUUUUUUUCUUAUGAUGAGCAUAUUAGAUUUAUUUCUUCCUCAUAAGAUGGAUAGCUUAAAAUUUAUUUAUUUAAUCCUUAAACAUAGGAAGGUUAGGUAAGUCAAACAAUUAAUAUUGGUUAAAGUGUUACAGGAAUUGCAAUUCAUCCAUUAGGUCAUAUUGCUAUUAUAGUAACAAGUAAUGGUUUAUUGGCAUUUUACAGUUUAAAGAAUGGAUAGGAGUUAAGUAGAGUCACUGAUUUUGAAGGAUAGUGUUAAUUUACUUCAAUAUCUAUUCAUCCAGAUGGAUUAUUAUUAGCUAUAGGACAGGGUGAUUCUUAAAUUAAGGUUUGGAGUAUAGUAAAAGGAUAGAUGUUAGCCUAAUUGGAAGGAUAAGAUGUAUAAAUGAAAAAUACUUCUUUAGGGAGCGGUUACUAAUUUAACAUUUUCUGAAAGUGGCGCUAGUUUAGCUUCUAGUAGCAAUUCUGAAGUUAAUGAAUGGGAUUUAAGACGUCCUGGUUAAUUCUCUAAAAUUUAUCAAGGCUAAAAGAUUGGUACUAAUGAUCUUAAUUUUAGGUGGAUUAUAAUAUGAUCCAUCAGGUUAAUUUCUAACAUAUGGUAGUAACAAGACUAUUCACUUUUUCGAUGUUAAGAAAAAAUAGGAAUUUUGUAGAAUUGAAAGUCAUAGAGAUCUUGUAACUGGAAUUAAGUAUGUAGUUUAUAUUGAUAAUAGAUUUGCACAAUUCAGUAAAAAUAUCUAUAGUUGCAGUCUUGAUAAAUUAGUAAAUAUCUAUGGUAACUGAGUAGGUU